AUGAAGAGCCUGAAGGCCAAAUUCAAGAAGGCAGACAGCCAGGACUGGACCAAGAACGAUGAGAAGCUCCUGCAAGCUGUGGACUACAACGAUGCUGGGAAGGUGACAUCUCUCCUUGUCCGCAAGGGCCUGGUCCCCACCAAGCUGGACUCAGAGGGCAAAUCUGCGUUCCACCUGGCUGCCAUGCGGGGGAAUGUGGACUGCCUGGAAGCCAUGCUGGCUCACGGCGUGGAUGCCAUGACCAAGGACAGCUCGGGUUACACUGCCCUGCACCUGGCGUCCAGGCACGGCCACCCUCAGUGUGUCAGCAAACUGCUGCAGGCCUCCUGCCCCGUGGAUGUGGUCGACAACAACGGCCGAACAGCGCUGCACCUGGCGGCCCUGAUGCUGGCCUGUGAGAACGGCAGCGUGGAGACGGUGGAGGUGCUGGUCACCGGCGGCGCCCAGGUGGCCGUGCUGGACUCCACGGGCCACGAUGCCACCCACUACAGCCUGGCCACGGGCAACGCUCUGAUCCAGCACUUCCUGCAGGAGGCUGCUCAGCGCCGCUCCUGGGCCAGCGAAGAGGAGUCGGCAGAGAGGACAUCCCAGACGUCUUCACCCAGCCAGUCAUCUGUGAGGGAGAAGAACAGCACCCCGAGGAAGAGGAAGGCCCCUCUGCCUCCCCUGGGCACCCUCAGCCAGGAGGACCGAGAUGCCUACGAGGAGAUCGUGCGGCUGCGGCAGGAGAGGGCCCAGUUCCUGCACAAGAUCCGGGGUUUGGAGCAGCAGGAGAAGCAGAGGCGGGAGCGGGCAGAGGUGGAUGAGGGCUCCCUGCGCUCCAUGGAGAAGCAGAUCCAGGAGCUGGAGAAGCAGCUGGCAGCACGGGAUGGUGAAAAGGAGAGGCUGGGCAAGGAGGUGGAGACUCUGCGGAGCCGUUUGUCCUCCCUGGAGAACGAGAAGGAGAACACGAGCUACGACAUCGAGACACUGCAGGAUGAGGAGGGAGACCCGCUGGAGUUCCCAGGUAGGGCCCGGCCUGCCUCCCAAGGGGCAGAGCUGCUGCUCUCCAAGAAGACGCUGAGCCCCUCAGCUGAGGAGCUGCUGGCCACGCUGCAGCUGCAGAUCACUGAGCUCUCCAAGGAGGUCUUCAGGCUGAAGGAAGCCCUGAACGCCCUCCCUGAGCCCCGGGGACCAGCACAGUCACCCCCUGACACUGCCGCGCUCCAGGCCAGGAUCCGGGCGCUGGAGGAGAAGCUGGGGGAGACAGAGACACGGCACAGCAAGGUGGUAACACUGUACCGGAGCCACCUGCUCUAUGCAGUGCAGGGCCACAUGGACGAGGACGUGCAGAGACUCCUGUGCCAGAUCCUGAGGAUGCAGCGGCUGCAGGAGCAGGGCAGAUGA